AACGCGGGCGGUGGCCAUGGGCAGCCGGGCCGCGACAACAUGGCGGCUCGCUGGCUGCAGCGGGCGCGGCGUCCUGCGCGACGCAGCGCGGCGGCGGGGCAGCUCGCUCCGAGGCGGUGGGGAACGGGCGGCGAGCCUGAGCGAGCUGCUGCAGAGCUCGGUGGGGGACGAGGAGCCGGGCGAGGGAGAGGCGGCGGGGGGGAGGCGGGAGCAGCGGUCUCCGCGGGAGGGCACAGUGCUGCUGUUCCCCGGGCAGGGCAGCCAGUUCGUGGGGAUGGGCCGCGGGCUGCUGCGCUACCCCGGCGUGCGGGACAUGUACCGCCUGGCCGAGAAGGUGCUGGGCUACGACCUGCUUUCGCUCUGCCUGGAGGGGCCGCGGGCCGAGCUGGACCGCACCCGGCACUGCCAGCCCGCCGUGUUCGUCGCCUCCCUGGCCGCCGUAGAGAAGCUCAACCACCUGCAGCCUAAGGUGGUGGAGAGCUGCGUGGCCGCUGCCGGGUACAGCGUGGGCGAGUUCGCGGCGUUGGUGUUCGCCGGAGCCAUGGACUUCGCGGAAGCACUCUGUGCUGUGAAGGUGCGUGCUGAGGCCAUGCAGGCGGCAGCGGAGGCCGUCCCCAGUGGGAUGCUGUCAGUCAUCGGCAGACGAGAGGCCAACUACAAAUAUGCCUGCCUGGAAGCCCGUAGGCACUGCGAGUCACUGGGCAUAGACAGCCCCGUGUGCGAGGUCUCCAACUACCUGUUCCCAGAUAGCAGGGUCAUCGCAGGGCACAUACAGGCUUUGGAGUUUUUGCAGGAGAACGCCUCAAAAUUCUACUUCACACGUACCAAAAUGCUUCCAGUCAGCGGUGCCUUCCACACACGGCUGAUGGAACCAGCAGUAGAGCCUCUGGCUGAGGUCCUGAAAUCCAUUGAAAUUCAAAAACCACUGAUUUGUGUCUAUUCCAAUGUUGACAGCAAAAAGUACAUGCACUCAAAGCACAUCCAGAAACUGCUGGUGAAGCAGCUCGUCUCACCCGUGCUGUGGGAGCAGACUAUGCAUUCCAUUUACCAGAGGAAGCAGGGAAUGGAAUUUCCAUACACAUAUGAGGUGGGUCCCGGUAAACAGCUGGGAGCAGUUCUCCGAAAGUGUAAUCUGAAGGCCUGGAGGCAGUACAGCCACGUGGGUGUCACAGAGGAAGAAGAAGCGGCGGAAACAUAAACAGCUUUUAGAGAAGAAUCCAUGCGACUUGUGCUUUCCGCAGUGUACAAAUGUCAGGCUCCUGAAAGGGGAAGUGUGAGACACCGAUGGCUCUUCACAGCAAGAGGAGCACCACGCGUCACCACGGGAGAUGUUCUUCACUGUGUGCCUUGGGUGUGGAGUGGGAGCUCAGCUCUCCCACCUGCACCAGGACUGCAGCUGUCAAUAAAUGCACCAAGCAGCUUUCUUCUUGGCCCGCAUCCUGCAUGCAGUGUCCUUGCUCUUUUUUUUUCCUUUAUGUAUUUUGAAUUAGUGUGAGAGGUGGGUGUGCGUACUCAAAUUACUGCCAGCAGUAGCACUGUCCGUGCAGGAUGUGCCUCCUGGAUUGCACUGUGCUGUCUGAUGCAGGCCUGAUGAUGCCCCGCUGAGGUAUGGGGCUCCUUUAGGUGACUCCAUCCCCAUGCAACCACUCAGUGCAGGGGUGCUCCCAUGCACUAAGCUGCCUGCUGUGAUGUUUGCCUCCAGCAAAUCCUUUUGUUUCUCUGUUGCCACCUAGCCAUCAAAUAAGGCAAAAUAUGUGGAUUUGGGUUGGUUUUGGUGGUUUUUUUUGGCAGAAGGGAUAUGUUUUUCCUAAGGUUUAAGCUAGCGGUAAACGAUAGAAGUGUUCUUGUUUUUUUAGAUGCUUCAGAGCAUGUAAUUGCUGGCAGGUAGUUCCCAUGUGGAAGGAGGCUGUUUUAUACGUAGCCGCUCAUUGUCACACCAAUGCUGGGUUACCUUGUAAGUCCCUGGCAGGGCUCAGAGUCAGAGCUGCUGCUGCAUCCUGGCUGUGUGUAGUGUAGGGCUGGCCAACCACUGGCUCACCAGCAGGAUUACAGGCUCCUUAUGCUGUUCUGGAACUUGUGACAAUUACAGGAUGCUCAGGAAGUCAGAUGAGCUUUGCUGUUUGUCUGGGAGAAGUGCUUAAAGCUCUAAGGAAAAUCAGAAAGCAGCCAUUUGUUAUGGAAUUGUGUACAAAAGUGCAGGCAAAGGCUGUGCUGUGGGUGCACAGCUGAGCAGUAGCUUUGGCUGAUCUUUGAUCUUGCUGUCUUUUUAGUUGUGGAAUUUUGUUAGUAUAGUGUUAAGUAGAUAUGUAGGAAAAGUAAAUAGGGUAGUGCUGAAAUGACCAUACGCACCUUCAUUAAUUGAUUAGGAACUGCAGAAUAAAUUCCAGUUACAGUAUGAAUUGGUUCAUUAGUUCAUGUUUCUGAAAAGCUCUGUCCUUAGCUGUGGUCAUUCAGCGGGGCGUCACUGAGCUGUUCUGUGAGCUGAUGAAGUGGGCAGCCGCCCCACCUGCCUGCACAAAUCCCAGUUUGGCACGUGGCAGCAUUACCUACCAGCAGAAUGCAGGAUUGUCUGCUUUGUUAUUGAGCUAUUGCAGACUGCCAAAUGUCAGGGUUACUGGGACAAAAGUGAUGUCAGUGAAGUCUUAUGUCAGAGGGGAUGUGUUACUUAGUCAGUGAAGCAUGGCAAACUCAGCAGUUGGUAGUUGGAAUAUUUCAGAUAAAUCUCAAUCCUAAACACCUAACGAUGAGCUGUGUUAGAAGUGUCUGAUUCCGUCUUGUAAGACCCAAAGCAGCUUGUGUAAUAGUUGAAACUCUAUAUGGCAUACUGGUGCCACUGAGUUGGGUUUUCAUAUAGUGCAUGAUGGUUUCCAGACUUUUUUAAAGUAACAUACUGGGGGUAAUUUUCCAGACCUGUAUUCUGUUUAUACUGUGCUUGCCAUAUAUCUGUAUAUAUAUAUGUGUGUGUGUGUGUAUACAUAUAAUCAGCAUGUUUUGCAUGGAAUAAAAGUUCUUUGGGAGAAACAUGAUA